ACAGAGUGUGCUACUAGAAUCAUGACCGUAGUUGAUUGAGAUUUUAAAUAGAACAUGUGAAGGAGAAUGCACGUAAUUUGCUUGCGGUGUCGGUUGUCAAGGACGUUUAUUAAGUUUGGAAUUUUCAGAAAAUACAGCUGGGGUGUUGAUCAAACGGGUGAAAUAAAAGUCGAGAGUCUUCAACGUCAGUGCAGCGGCGGCGUGGAAAGGCAGCCAUUGAAGAAGCAGAUAUCCAAAAUUGUUCUAAGUCAAUUUGAUCAGCAGUAUCCAAAAGAACUGGGCGAUCUUUGGGAGUCGAUACGAAGUGUGCUUCUGUGUCCAAAUAGCUGGCAGUAUGCUGUCUUGUUGAACAGAUUUAAUGUCUCUUUGGAUUUAAAGAAGUGUCUUUGCUCAAAGGGCUAUGUUCCUCUGCAGUCCACCAUUUCUGGACAUCAAAAGAACCCUUUGGAAUGCUUUGUCAGUAAGACCUUUUCAAGGUUUCCUUCUCAGAAGCACCAUCCUGGAGUGCUCAAGCAAUACUAUCUGUUGGGAGCUGCUUCUGUUUUACCUGUUCUGGCUUUAGAACCUCAGAAUGGUGACAGAAUAUUGGACAUGUGUUCAGCUCCAGGAGGCAAAUCCAUUGCUAUAAUGCAAGCAGCUCUUCCAGGUCAUCUUCAUUGCAACGACCAAAACAGUUGUAGAGUGAAACGGCUCAAAGAGACACUGGAAUCAUUUAUACCUUCCUGCUUUAAUGAUGCAGUUACUGUCUCUAAUCUGGAUGGAAGGUGCUUUGGAGCUGAAGAGACUUUUGAUAAGGUAUUAGUGGAUGCUCCCUGUUCCAAUGAUCGAAGCUGGCUUUUCUCCAGAGAUGCUCAAACUCAUAUUAGACAGAGAUGGCACCUGCCUACUUUGCAGAUACAGUUACUCAGGUCAGCCAUCAACUCAGUGCGCCCUGGCGGAACAGUAGUUUACUCAACAUGUACACUGUCAAGGGCUGAGAAUGAAAAUGUUGUAGCAACAGUGCUAUCCAGUUGUGACAAAGUGGAGCUUAUAGAUCUCAACAGCCUCAUUGCUUCCAUGUCAGUGCACUUCUGCUAUGCACCUGGCCUUCACAUUGGACACUUGAUUAUUCCAGAGAAUUCCAGACCCUGGGGACCAAUGUAUGUCGCUAAGCUCAAGAAACUCCACUAAGCUGAUUUUGUUCUAUUUAUUUAUUUAUUUAUCAUCUUAUCAUCAUUUCUACUCACACCCUACUUCUUGUAGCCAUUACUCUUGGAACAUUAAAGACAAAUUAUCUUGUACUUACCUCAGCCCUUGCUCCGAGCUUUUAUACGUGCGUUCUGUUGUUAAAGUUUGUUUAACCUAAUCUACUCAAUAAUGCCUUCUUCUGACAGAAAACAUUUUAUUGUGAGCAGCAUCAUAGUCCAAAUCCCAUUUUGCUGGAAAAGUUAAAACACUGUAUUUCAGUUAAGCAAUCUGUAAACUAAUUACCCAAGACAAAUGUUGGUGAGACUUACACAGAGCACCAUUAUUCAAAAUGUCACACUAUACUGUUUCAGUCUUAGAGCUGCUUUAAAUUUUUCAUUCUAUGCCCCAUAAUAUUACCAUAAAGUAUAUGAACCAUUUGGAAAUAACUGCUUUGUGUAGGAAUUUGUCUUAAAAUGUGGUCUGAUCUUCAUCUAAGUUGCAGUAAUAAAUAAAUAAUCUGUUUUAA